GUCAUGGUUUCCCUGCUGUCUAGAGGUGUUGGGGUCCUUGUCAAGUCGCUGGUCGGGCUCAGCUGUGCACAAGCUGGAAGGUGCAGCAGUCUUCCUAGUGCGUUAUCAGCUGUGCAGUGUACGACAGCAAGGUGGUUCUCGAAAAAUCCAGUCUUACCUGACUUACCAAAAGCUCCACUGAAGGAACCCCCAAAAGCUCCUCUGUCAUCUUUUUUUCGCUUUUUACGUCACCAGCGACCACUACUGAGUCGGAAGUACCCAGAGGCGUCAGUCACUGAACUUGUCAAGAUUAUUGGAAGUGAAUGGAGAGCACUUCCAGAAGCUGAAAAACAAGUAUAUGUAGAUGCUGCAAGGGUUGAUAUUAUGAAAUACAGAGAACUUUAUAAACACUACAAAGAGAGUCUUGAUCCUCUGGACCUGUCAGUACUGCAACAGCAAAGGAAGAAGAAGUUGGAAAGGAGAAAACUGAAGAGACAGAAAAUGGAACACAAAUUAUUUGGGAGACCCAAAAGAAAUCUUAGUGCCUUCAAUAUGUUCAUGACAGAACAUUACAGCGAAACCGAGGGCAAUACUAUGUUUGAAAAGGGGAGAAACUUAAGACAUCAGUGGGAAAAUAUCCCAAGCUCAAAAAAACAGGUGUAUGUGCAGUUAGCUGAAGAUGACAAAGUCAGAUACCAAAAUGAAUUAAAGGCUUGGGAAGAACAGAUGAUCGAAAUUGGUCGCGAAGAUCUUGUUCGAAAAAAGGAAAAAAAACGUCUUUUAAAUAAAAGGUUUGCAGAGGUGAAUACAAAACCUGGAAAAAGGGUAAAGAAGAAGUCUUCUCAGCAUAAAAAUCGUGAAGAGUAA